AUGACCUCCUCCCUCGCGUCCCGCGCCCCCGCGGCGACGCCGACGCCGUCGCCGCGCGCGCAUCGCGCGCGUCCUCGCGUCGCGUCGCUUCCCCGCGCGGCCGCGGCCGCCGUCCGCGUCCCGCGUUUUCCGUCGUCGCGGCGUCGCGGAUCUUCCCGUCGCGAUCGUCGCGCCGUAGUCCUAGUCCCGCGCGCGUCCAACGACGACGGCGACGGGGCGGCGCCGAAAGAGGAGCUCGACUUCGUGACGCGCGUGGUGAUGAACGUCUUCGGGAAGGACGUCCUCGACGACCCCGCGCCCGCAGGUCUGAAACGGAUGACGAAGGAAGACUGGCCGGAUCAGUGGCCCGCGCUGUGCGACCAGGGCGUCGUCGCGGCGAUCCUCCCGACCGACGACACGGACGAGCUCAAGCUCGCGCGCGCGGUCCUGAAGCAGUCGCAGCUCGAGACGUUGCCGCUCGGGUGCGCGUUCGACGCGGACGUGCACGGCUGGAGGAGCGCGGCGUUCCAUCUCCAGCUCGACGGGCAGGGCGCGGCUGUGCUGGUCGCCGUCGCCGAGGACGGGACCGUGUUCGGAGCGUACAACCCGAAAGGGUGGCUCGGCUACGGCGAGUGGCUCGACGCCAUCUCCGCGUUUUUGUUCGUGUACCCGCGCGUUGGGCCGCUGGGGUUGGGCGGGAGCGGCGGGACGCCGGUGAAGCUCGGGAAGGUUGGCGGCAGCGGCAUGGCGAUCAUCGACGAGAUGAACGCGUCGCCGAAGUGGGGUCCCGACGGCUUAGCGUUCAACAUCGACCAAAGAGUCGCGCGGAGUCGCCUCGGGACGUACUACGACACGAUGCCGAACGGCUCCAAGUCGCUCUUCGGCGGCGGCGUGAGCAAAGGCGGCGGCACCGUAGGGUUAAAGAGCUUGAGGGUGUACGUCGGUCUCGGAGAGAGCGAUCUCGCGAGGGAUUACGAGCCGAACAUGUUCCAGUGGAAGAAGGGCGAGCUCGAGGAGGUGAGGAAGAACGAUCCGAAGCCGACGGGGAGCGUGGACGAGGGGGACGGCGGCGGCCGAGGCGGCGGCGGGACGGGGGGGAUGUUCGGCGGGAUCAAGAUGCCGUGGGAUAAGUGA